GUUAGUCUAAGAGCGAAUGCCAUCUAAAACACCUCAUUUCAAAACAUGUUAUUGAGAGUGGACAAGACAAAACGGACACUAUCAAAUUUUCUAUCAAAGAUGAAGUGGAUACUACAGUAUUUGAACGCAUUGAGGAAAUCCUCCAAACAUCUUUGGAACUUUCAAGGAUUUUUCAUAUUCGCCAUGACAGCGAUGAUUCAGAUGAUUCUCGUACAUGAAUUACAAACGGGGACAACAAAGGAAGCUGAACUUGGCGACAUUCUUUAUUUUUGGAAAAAGAAUCUCAAUGUACCGUAUUCUCUAUACGCGAAAUCGGUCAUCUACAAGUCAGUGAUACAACCCGACAGCUCAAAUGUGACCAUCUGUGACGGGAAAUCAUUUGAUAUACACGACACUGGAAAAAUGACGCUCAGACAUAUCCAACCAUAUCAAACAUUAGGUGAUACGAACGUCCAUGCCAUUUCUGCAUUUGUGGAUGAUCGUCUGUUUGAUGCAAAGGUGGUACGAAUCUUGGGGGUCGGGCUGAAACCAGGCCCGGGGAAGCGCCUCUACUGUCAGUACGAUUGUAAAUCAGGACCGGUGAACAAAUGUAAUGUUCCAGUCAAUGCUGUUACUCUGAUAUCCGGGAAUCAUUCUGAUUAUCUCAGCAAUAAUGAGAGAAAGUCAUUGAUGGACGUUCACUUGAUAUCCUGCCCAAUAAGGCAGGAAGACAAUCCAACGGACGUAACCAUGGCAACCAGGGCAUGUGGAUACAGUCACACGUUAAUGAAGCUUCACCAUUUUGGAUUCCAAGGCGUGGUGCCCCCUCCUUAUGACGUAGGAGUGUGCGUGAGGCCCAUUAACGAGAGUAACUAUUGGAGAACUGAUGUCGACGCCCAGAAUUUUAUCAUGUGGGUCGAAUACAUGAAACUUCUAGGAGCUGAUGGUAUCCAUUUAUAUACCAGUAACAUCACGGAAAAGAACACGAAAGCGUUAAAGGGAUACUCAAAUGAAAAGUUGAAAUAUUUGUUUAAAUCAGAGUGGAAAACUGUUGAAUCAAAGCUUGAGAGAAUAGUCAGCGACGAAGCCGCUAUGAACGACUGCAUCUACAAAAAUAUGCUUAAGUAUAAGUCCAUCCUAGUGACAUCUAUUAACAAAUGGAUCACAAUGAACGGACAUUUUUCAAAUUUCAAACAAAUGGUUAGAUCUGAUGACUUCGCGAGUAAAAUCAAAGAGAAUGGAGGAUAUAGAAUCACAAAGGAUUCCCCUGAUUCAACUGACAAAACAUUCCCUACAAACAAUGCACAAUCUAUGAUUGUGAAACCCAGUAAGGUCUUGGCAUUAGCUGCAAAUCAUUUUAUCCCGCAUCUUUCUAAUCCAAGAUUCAAUGAGCUUUCAUCGGGUGUUAUAAGUGCUACUCAUCUGUCACACUUUGUACAAACUCCAUCAUUUAACAAACAUAGGGCAACAUUACAAAAAGCUGUAUACAAACGCAUCAAACUUGUACAUGGUGUGUAAAUAAAAUAAUUAAGUAAAUAAGCAUAGUUGACCGGCAGCUCCACCAGCUUGCAUAAACAAUUGAAUACGAUUGUAUUGUAUUGCAUUGCAUGAGAUGAUUGCAUAUGAUGUCAUUUUAGAAGGCCUACUUUACAGUCAUGGUAGGUUUAUCUCUUUGAAU